AUGGCUUUUAAUAAAUUGAGCAUUGACAAUAUUGAGCUUGCCGGCAAAAGAGUUCUUAUACGUGUUGAUUUUAAUGUUCCCUUAAAAGAUGGAAAGAUAACCAAUAAUCAACGCAUUGUUGCUGCUUUGGAUACCAUUGAAUAUGCCCUCGAAAAAAGUGCAAAAUCAGUUGUUUUAAUGUCUCAUUUGGGUCGUCCCGAUGGGAAGAGAGAUUUGAAGUAUACUUUGAAACCAGUUGCAGAUGAACUGAAAUCACUUCUUAAAAAAGAGAUUCUUUUUCUAGAUGAUUGUGUCGGACCUAUUGUUGAAUCUGCUUGUGCCAAUCCUAUAUCUGGGACAAUUAUUUUAUUAGAGAAUUUAAGAUUCCAUAUUGAAGAAGAAGGUAAAGGUAUUGGACCCGAUGGAUCUAAGAUAAAAGCUGAUCAGGACAAAAUAACUGAAUUCCGAGCUUCCUUAAGAAAACUUGGUGAUGUAUACAUCAACGAUGCUUUUGGAACAGCUCAUCGAGCCCAUAGUUCAAUGUUGGGUGAUGGUUUUGAUAUCCGUGCAAGUGGAUUUUUAUUAAAGAAAGAGCUUCAAUAUUUUGCAAAAGUUCUGGAUAAUCCAGAAAAACCAUUCUUAGCAAUACUUGGGGGAAGUAAAGUUGCUGAUAAAAUACAGUUGAUCAAUAAUUUGUUAGAGAAAGUUAAUGAGAUGAUUAUUGGGGGGGGGAUGGCAUGUACGUUUCUAAAAGUCACCAAAAAUGUAAAAAUUGGAAAUUCAUUGUUUGAUGAAGAGGGUGCCAAAAUUAUUAAUGAACUCUUGUUAAAAGCAGAAAAGAACAAUGUUAAGAUUUACUUACCAGUAGAUUUUGUCACCGCUGACAAAUUUGCAGAAGAUGCUGCAGUUGGAAUUGCCGAUUUAGAAAGCGGUAUACCGGAUGGCUGGAUGGGUCUUGAUAUUGGACCGAAAUCAAGAGAAUUAUUUGCUGAACCAGUUAAAAGAGCGAAAUUAAUUGUCUGGAAUGGUCCAACUGGUGUUUUCGAGUUUGACAACUUCAGUAAAGGUACAAAAAGUCUAAUGGAUAAUGUAGUCGAAGCGACUAUGCGUGGUGCCACUACAAUCAUAGGAGGGGGAGAUACAGCCACUUGUGCCGCUAAGUGGAAAACAGAAGAUAAACUCAGUCAUGUUAGUACUGGUGGUGGAGCUACUUUGGAACUUCUAGAAGGAAAAGUCUUACCGGGUGUAGCAGCACUCACUUCGUCAUGAAUCACUAAAAAAUAAUAAAUCGUGAUUAAAAAAGUAGUACCUGCAAAUGCUAUUUCAUUGCUGAGUUCAUAAAAAUGUAACUUCGUGAAUUUAUUUAAUUACAUAGUAACUUAUUUAAACAUCAAGAUAAAAAGAAAUAAACGGAAAGGGCUGUAAUUGGAUAAGCAUGUAAUAUGUGUCCCUACAUUGAAUGAAACUUUGCAUAAAUUAGUUAUUAGCUUAUUUCGAAUAAAUAAUAUUUGCAAAGUA